AUGGCCGAUUGGCUGGACAAGUGGUACGGGCUCCAAAUUUCCUUCAAGAAAAACAUGCUUGGCCGUCCCGAACUGGUCGGCCCGGCGUCUGGUGCUGUUGGUGGUCCGACAAGCCCCUCGGGCGGCGGCAAGGAGGUCGCUAAGGCGUACGAGUGCCCCAAGUGUGGGCGCAGCUACAUGUGGAAGAACACCCUGAUGCGACACCUGCGCAACGAGUGCGGCAUCGAACCGCAGUUCCAAUGCCCCUUCUGCCCGCACCGCACCAAACUCAAAAGCAACCUCACCCAGCACAUCCGCUACAAGCACAUGUCACCCGCGGCGAUGACCGAGUCUUUGUAA